CACAAGUCCCCCAAAGAAUCAUAACAAAUAGAUUUCUUUUCAGUAUUAAUUUUUGUGUGAUUUAAGUGUCAAAUUCCUAUCAAACUAGCUUAUUCUUCCUUUAAACUUUACCAAGUACUGCUCACUUAUUAAGACUGCACUAUAAAGACACCACAAAAUCAACAGAAACAAAAAUUUCACCAUAAAAAAGCCAAACCCAUAAAAAAACAUCCAGCAUAAAAUUCGUGAUUCAUGCUUCCGCCAAGAGCAAUAGCCGUAAAAGAUGCGUCGAUAGUAAAGAUAGCAGUAGAGCCGCUAUCAUCCGACUAUCAACCGCAAUUAAUAGAAUUCGAUCAAAAACAACCACUUGCUAGUAUUAUAAGUGAUUUAUGCACAAACUGGAAUAUACCAGAUUGUGAGAAUUACUCAUUAAAGUUCACCGAGCAAACGAAUGCUGGGUUUGUGACUGAAAAGAACAGAACGGAUGUUAAGAAUGGAUCUGUAUUAAAAAUAAGCUUUAGCGCAACCAAAACUGUCAAUGAUUAUCUUGAAAUAUUCCGUGCUGGAAUAUUAAUCGAACAGACAAAAUGCCUACAAAGUCUCUCAAAUCUCUCAUCUGACUUGACAUUCGCGAUUGAGUUCAUCAAUAAAUCGGGUCUCGAUUUACUCAUCAAAAUGAUUGAGGAUGAAAAGUGUUCAGGCGAGCGACUCGAGUUUGCAUUAAAGUCAUUUGUCGAGUUAAUGGAUCAUGGAACUGUUUCAUGGGGUAUACUUAGUGAUGUAUUCAUAAAUCGUAAUAUUGCAUUCAUAAAUCCAUCGCCAACGUUUCUCUCACAUCAUAUCAUUGAAUCAUCCUUAUCAAUACUCGAGAAUAUUGUUCAAAAUAGUCCAAGACGAACACUCGUUGAGCAUUCAGUUACAUUUGAGACAUUAUUAAAGCUGUUGCGGGAACCAUCGCCAAUCAUACAACAGAAUACAAUUGCACUUGUUAAUGCUCUGUUUAUGCAAAUGAAUGAAGGAAAACGUCGUGUAAUUGCAAGCACAUUCAGCACAAAGCAAUAUCGGAGUGUAAUUCUUGAUAGUUGUGUAAUAAAUGCUCAAAAUCGGACUGAAAUGGCUCAUCAAUUAAGUGUCUUACAGUCACUAACGCUUGGAAUGUUGGAACCACGUAUGAAUGAUAGAAAUGUUGAUGCUGAUGCUCAGGAGAAAAUUAAGGAAUUGAGAAGAAUUGCAUUUGAAAGUGAAGGAAUUGAUCAUGAUGCAUCAUCGACUGGACCAAGACGUCAAGGUCAACAGACACAGCAACAUUAUAAGAAACUUGGAUUUAAGUAUGAUGUUAAUCCAGUCCAAGACUUUGCAGAAUCGUCACUACUUGCACUUGAUUGUAUGAUUUAUUUCGCCAGGAACCAGACACAACAUUACACAAAAGUUGUGCAUGAAAACAGUUGUCGAUUGGAUGAAUAUGAAUGUCCAUUUGGAAGAACCAGCAUUGAGCUUGUCAAAAUCCUUUGUGACAUUUUGAGAAUCGGUGAAGAUCUUCCAGCGGGCGAGGAUCAGUUCCAUCCACUGUUCUUCACACAUGACCAUCCAUUCGAAGAAUUCUUUUGUGUCUGCAUUGUGGCUUUAAAUCGUACAUGGAAAGACAUGCGAGCAACAAAUGAAGAUUUCUCAAAAGUCUUUGAUGUUGUCCGUGAACAAAUUGUUCGGUCACUUGCUACACGUCCACGUGAUUUUGAGAACUUUAAGAUACGCAUGGCUGAAUUGUCAUAUGCGAAAAUUACUGAAAUGAGACAACAGGAGAGAACAGCACGUGAAGAAUGCGAAUCGACAGCAUCAGCAAUUGUGUCACUCAAAGAGAAACUUCGUCCGGAAAUUAUGUCACUAAUUCGUGAACAGAGGCUUGGAUUUCUCGUCGAAGGAACCAGAUUCAGUAAAUUUACUCGUGGAAGUCGAUCAAAAGAUAAGUUCUGGUAUGUCCGAUUGUCACCAAAUCAUAAAGUUCUUCAUUAUGGCGAUUGUGAUGAGAAAGCAGUGCCAACACUCGAUGAAUUAAAGAGUGAAGUUCGUGUAAAUGACAUGAAGCAAUUGCUUGUGAAUAAAGAAUGUCCACAUGUGAAGGAAAUUAAGGCAAAUAGAAGCGGUAAACCGACAACUUUAUUCUCAAUUGCAUUUGACAUUGGCGGAGAACAAAAGACGCUUGACUUUGUUGCACCUGACGAUAUUACUUUUAAUUAUUGGAUAGACGGAAUUUCGUGUCUUUUGGAGAAAGAGAUGAUUAGCAAGCAGAUGGAUGAAGACUUUGAGACUCUCUUGUCAGUAGAAAUCAAACUAAGAUUGCUGGAUACUGAAGGAGUUGAUAUUUCCAAAGAUGCGCCUGAAAUUCCACCGGAACCUGAGGACUAUGAAUUUAACUUUGAAGGCUAGAAAGUUGGGUGCCAACACGUGAAUCUUUUGAUGCCAAAGCAGUUUUAAAAUUUUAUUUUAAUUUUUUAAGCCAUUCUUAAAUUUAGUCAAAAACCAAGACAAUUGAGUCAAACAGGAAGUGACCAUGCACAGCACUUUUUUACUUCCAUAAAUUUUAUUUUAUUGUAUACGGCAAGUGGACAAUUGAAGAGCAUUGGAAUUGUGAAUGACAAGUAUAAUCAAUUUGAGAUUUUUUUCCGUCUAUUUUAACCAUUUUAAAGACUUCCAUUUUUCUAGAAAUUAUGCUAUAAGUAAGACAUUAUUUCCACUAUUGACAUGAAAAAUUAAUUAUUUAGACUUUAUGUAGAGUUUUUUCGUGCAAUCAAUGUCCGAUUAAUAAAAUU